UUAUUGAAUAACAAACAUUAUGUGCUAUAGAGGCAUUGCACGAAAUCGUGGUGCUGUUUUCUCCCUUUUGCCCGUUGAAUUCGCGCGAGAGAACGAGAAUGUCGAAACCACGCCCAAUUCAGGAUUUCAACCUGCAAACGGUGAAACACAUCAUCCAAUUUUCCGAAUCGCACAAACAUUGGACGUUGUAUUUGGCUUUUCCCAUGGACGUCGACGCAAAACAGUAACACCGUAUUCAAGCUAACCAUACUCAGUAAAAGCAGUUGCCAAUGAGAUUUUGAAUUCGAUUUCUGAAUUCAUUUUGUCGCAUUGAAACGGCUCGACUGUGACUGCACAGAAUAAUGAUGUACAUACAUGUUACACAGUCGAUGUACCUUGCGACAAAUCAUACAUACAAAGGGGUGGAUCUUUUGUCGAAGCUUUGUUUACAUUGGCCAGCCUAAACGUAUGGAUGCACUGAGGCUCGUAUUUGUAGGCUCGCUUGCGAGAUAACCAGAAAAAAACACCAAAUGCCACACGAUUCACAUUUUCACACCAGUUUAGUUAACAAUUAUUAUUAUUAUUCUCUUUUUUUUUAACAAUAUCUCUUAAAGUCGGAUUCUAACCGAACUCGUGCCAUAUCGAUCGAAAUCAAACGGGUGUGUGAAAAACUGUGCUUGGGUGAAAGGAAACAAAUUAUGACGCGAAACGAGGAUAUCACAAUACAAAAUAUUAUUUGCAUCUACCGACCAAAACGUAAAUAUCGUCAUUCGCUCAACAAACUCCACAGGACGCAGAAGUCUCUCUGAACACAAUCGCUUUUGGAACGAAAAAUAUUUGGAUAUUCGGAUUGAGUGUGCAAAAGAGUGUAGUGAUAGAACAUUCAAGCAAAUAAAUAAACAAAAGCGAAAAAACAAAAACCAAAAAGUUUCGAAAGAAAAAAAAACAAAUAAAAACUUCCACGUGAAAACGGGAUACUCGCUGAAAAUUUGUUAAAACAAGAAAUCUAAACAUUAAAGCCUCGAAAUUCCGGAAAAGUUUUUUUUCUAGAAAAUCAAUCAUCAUGGAGUGGGCAGAAAAUGAAGAACUAACCAACGAUCGAUGCUCAACGGCAUCAUCGAUUAGCAAUUCAGGUGAUGUAAACAGUGGUCUAUCGACGCAUUCGAAUGGGCCAAAACCAGUGAAUAGCCAAAAUUUAAAUGGAAAUCAAAGUAAUCAAACCAACAGCAAUACGUCAUUGAAUUUGGAUUCAAUGUCUGAUGGCGAACUCUCCGAUUUUUCACUAAACGACAGCGAUGACGAAGAAUUUCGAUCGACUUCGAAUUCGGGAGAUCGAUGUCGUCCGCUGUCUACAAAUAACGCCUCAAAUGUGCCAAUAAUAUUCACCGGAACUCGAAACGGUCAAGUGGUACGAAAAAUCUUCACAAACACUCGUGAACGAUGGCGUCAACAGAAUGUGUCCGGAGCAUUUUCUGAACUGCGAAAACUCGUUCCGACUCAUCCACCCGACAAGAAGCUAUCAAAAAAUGAAAUUCUUCGCAUGGCCAUCAAAUACAUUCGAUUGCUAACGAAUAUUUUAGACUGGCAAAAGAAGCAAGAGCAGCAACAGCAAUGCCACGAACGAAAUAACAAUGUGAUUGAAUCGGUUAAAUUCGAGCAUGCGGAACGAUCGGUCAAUAAAGAAACAACAACCAAAAGUACGGUGAACACAGUGUCAAAGACGAAUAAUGGAAAUGCACAGCGAUUGCUUAUGAUUGCACCAAACUACCUCAAUUGUGACACCAAUGCAUCGAUGAACACAAGGGAAAUGUGUGCAUCGAGCAAAACUGAAGCGAACGAUGUGAAUCGUCGAUUGAAAAUCAGCGCGGAAAACUAUACAAAUUCAUCAGAUCCAAUGAACAAUCCGAUUUUGUGCAACUUUCGAAGUGGAAAUCUGUUGUCAGUCAAAGUGGAAAAUACAUCGUCAAUGCUGAUGCAACAACACGAUGCAAGUAAACCAUUCGAAAAUGGCCGAAACACAUUUGCAAAAGUGAGUGGAUCGUGUAUGAUGGCCAAUAAUAGUGUUGAAAAUGCCAAUCGAAAUGCCAAUGUAAGCCGAUUUUUCGAUGACAAAUCUCACAACAAUGCCAAUAUUGUCAAUCCUCCGAAAAGUCGAAACGCAUGUAACAAACGUAAAAUUAAUAAUGACCGUGAUGUCCACCAAGUUGAAAAGAAAAAGAAAUAAUUUUUUUUAAUGUGACUACAGUAAUUUGCGAAAUGUAAAAGGAUUUCGAGAUAUUUAGGAAAAAACAGAUUUUGAACCAUUCCAGGAAAGAACAGUGUCGAGAAGAGACGAAAAAAUUUUAUGAAAUUAUUCAAACACCUUUGUAAUGUGUGUAG